AGUCGAUUCCCUUCCCUACUUCCCUCUCGAGUGGCCCGGGAUCGGAUGUCUCAAGCUGCCAGGCGAUGGCUCUGGGCUGGUCACCACUCGAGAGUCCCUCACCUAGGGAAUUUAUCACUAUCAUCUAUUACUUUGUUUUUAUUUCAUUUUGCAGCCGUAUGGUCUCUGAUCUGUCGCUUUCCGCAUGUACACACUACUACUCAUUCUAUGGGCCAUUUCCCUACACUCAGAACCGUAGUCUUCAGUUUGAGGAUCAAUACCACAACCGGCUAUUUCAGAGCUACUCUAGAACCCAGAACUCAGGUUUCACGGUGCACAAUCUUCGUGGAUUUCUCUUUGAUAUGUAACUUCUCUAUGCUGAUGCAACUGCCAGGUCUCUUUCAAACCUCUGUCUCCUGCCAGCUCCUGCCGGAUAACGAGCCGUUGACAGUACCUUUCCGCACUUCUUUUAAAGCUUUCAAGAAUAACUAUGCGUGUGCCUUGUUUCACCUUUAUUUCAAUCGAGCUGACUAUCUAUUCAUGCAGGUGGAACGAAUGGUUAAUGUUACCCAUUCAGUGCUGGGCCAGGUGAAAUUGACGUGGCACUGUCACAAAUCCUAGGUACAGAUCAUGUUCAAACACCAUCUUAUGUCGCUUGAAAUGAAUUCCGAACACUUUGAAUCCCCGUUAAUGAUCAAUAUAUGAGUA